GGAAUGUUGUUUUUACAGAGACACUGAAGGCAGAAGAGUGUGUCUGCGUGUGUCAAUCCAACCACACCGUUCCAAACCCCUCUUUCUGCAGAAGCCCAUUUCAACACCACCAUUGACUCCAGGAUGGGUGAGGACUCCUCUCAUGCUGAGCGUAGCGCGUCCACCCUACCUAGGGAGGAAAGCACCCCGACCCCUCCAGCACAGGAUGUUCAGGAUAUCCUCAUUCCGAGCUCCGGCCAGAACCCGGGUCCCUCUUCACCUGUCGGCACCCUCUCGCGUCUGGUCCCCAAAUCCCCAACUAGCCCCACGGCACCUGGAGGCCAGGUCAGUGCCAUCACGGUGGUUGCUCUGCUCGACAAGCUGGUGGUCAUGAUCGAGUCGGUGCAGGAGAACCAGCAGAAGAUGGAAAAGAAACAGGCAGAGCUGGAGGGGGCGGUGAGGAUGGUGCAGGGCGAUGUGUCCCGGCUUACCAAAAACCACAUGUCCACGGCAAACAGCGUGGCCAAGCUGCUUGAGCGCUCGCGCAAGACUGGCAUCAAUGUGAAGGAGGUGCGGGAGCGUCUGGACAGACAGAACAUCCAGGUGAAGCGUCUGGAAGCCAACCACACCCAUUUGCUGAAGAGGAACCACUUUAAAGUUCUCAUCUUUCAGGAGGACAAUGAAAUCCCAGCAAGUCUGCUCACUAAAGAGGGCUUGGCCUCCCUCUCUCAGGAUGAGACAGCACCAUCUGCACCAACUCCAGUCACUGAUUUAAACCACUCUCAUGAGGAAGGCCUACACACCAUCAGUCUGUCCUCUGAUGAUGAGGAAGAAAAGGGAGCAACGAGCCCUUUAGCAGAAGGUGGCACAGACUCCCUGACAGAUCUGCAUGAGGAGCAUUUCCCAGAACUGGGAAGUGAUCGGCCGGAGCUUUCUCGUGCAGACAAGUUCAAGCGCUCCAGUCUGAAGAAGGUGGAUAGUCUAAAAAAAGCUUUCUCACGAAGCAGCUUUGAGAAGCAGAUCAACAAGUAUGUGCCUUCAGAACAAUUUCAGAAGAUAAAGAAAACCCUCACCCCCAAUCACCCGAAGAGCACCUCUUCCAAGAGCACGUCCUUCCGUGUCAAUCCAAAGACAUUCAACAUCAAUAAGGGACGACAUGAAGAUCCUGAUGCCCCUGAGCAGCCUGAGACCUCACCCAGAGAUCUCAGCCCAGUGGAGGUUCCCUCCUUAGGGGGACCUGAUGGUGAGCUGCACUUGCCUGAGUUACACUCCACAGAGGAGAAAAAAAAUGGAGACGAGCAUCACAGCCCAUCAAGCCCAGGCAGCGCGGAUGGUGGAGAUCUUGAGAAUGGUCCCUCUGAAGAAGAAGCAGAGAAACAUAGCGGUGAAGCUGAUGGUGCUGUAAAACAUGAGGAAAAUGGUGAGGUGGAGGAGGAUGAGGAGAAAGAACCAAGAUCUGUGGAGGCAGCAUCACCUCCAGCCACUGUUGAGCAAACAUCCUAGAUUAGUUGUAUUCUAAUUUUUAGCCCCGAAUCUAUUUCUGAGACUUUGGAAAUCAUAGUUAUUCCUUUAUGACACUGGCAUUUUGUUCCCAAGCUCAUUUGAUGUUAAAUAGCAUGUCUGCUGAAAUAACAUGUACCCAAAUAUAAAGUAACUAAAAUCUAUUUUAUAGGAUUCAUAGAUUAUAUUUUAAAGCAAAUUCUAUUGAAACAGAUUCUGUCCAAAGGUCCACACUUGUACUAUUGUCAAACCAAUGUGACCACAAUGAUGCGGCAAAAGAACUAUAUUUUCCUCUGGGAGCCUGUGAAUACCAUGGAAUUGACUGAACUCAAACGCCUAAACUCUCACUCCAUAUAUUUUUCUAGAUGUGCAUGAGAGAAAUUGAAUGAGUGACAAGCUGUCCUAUGUUGCUGCAGUCCAGAUGCUCUUUUAUGUACAUAAAUCUUAGUAUUUAAUCACUUACGAAAAAGUACCUUGGUAAUAACAUGAUUUUAUAAAUGGUACUAUGGUAAUACCAUGGUUUACUAGCUACACCAUGGUGGUAUUGUUGAAAUACUUUGGAGUACAAUAUAGAGUCCAUGGCAUAUAAAUAAUGAUACUCACAGUACCAUAAAUACAUCUUUAUAGAUUUGACUCAAAUCAUUCAGUUACCAUCUGAUAUCAUCACUACACCAUGGUACCCCCACAGCACAUUUUUGUAAGUGAUAUAACUGACAACUGUAAAAGGCAUGAGGUGACAAUUUACAUUGUUUUGAAAUUAUGAAAACUUUUAUUAAAGUAUUUAGCACCAC